AUGACGGACGCUGUCAAAACAGAUGAAGCAGACCUGCGUGUAGAAGACCGACCGCUUUCGGAAGCAAAAGUCGAGCUUUACGACUUUAGUGCCUGCCAGUAUAUCUACACAAAAGAUUUCGUUACUGAGAAGGCUUUCUGCGCUGGGUUCGUUGACCGAGGCGCGGGAGCAUGCAAUCACGAUGCCGGCGGACCGGCACUGGUGGACAACGUAUUGGUCGGAGUUAUCAGCUUCGGUUCCCCACACUGCGGGGCCGCAGAAGCACCCACAGUCUUCACUCGACUCGGCCUCUACGACAAGUGGAUAAAUAGCGUGUUUCAGAAGCUCACCCAGAAUUCAGAAAUCACCUCCGAGACAAAUGAACUGAAGGACUUUACUGACAACUAUGUAAAGGAUGAAAUACUGAACGUAGACGAAGCCAUGAAGGAUGUAUACCGAGAGAACUUCAACGUCAAUGACGUACUUUACGGGCCAAUAGAGACAUUAGACGACAACGAUAACCCUAUGGUAUUUAACCAAUCAUUCUUGCGAGAUUUUCCCAGCGACUCAGAUUUGUUCCCUAAUCCAGAAUUUGUGGCAAACUUACCUCAACCUGAAACCUCGAAACCAAUUAUCCCCGAGAUACCAGACGAGUACUGGAGGGAUAUCUCGUCAAACGAACAGACAGAUCCGACAGACGAGAAUUAUGCACCUGAAGACCAGUUUGGUACACGAACAGAGGCUACAACAGUUACAAAUCUAGCAUAUGGCUCACAAAGCAUUUACGAAGAGAAUGACGAUUCUAUAAAUGAAUACACUACAACAGAAGCAAGUGUAGGUGAAAAUUACUUUGUCAAUAAAAAUAAUGAAAACCCUGAAGAAACCUGUGCUAUGGAAUAUAUUUUAUGCAAAAAAGGUAUUAAGAAAGGACCGAAAGCUUCUGAAAGUAUAAUUCAAUACCCAGGAAGAGAUAUUGAACUAAAGCAACCAAUAAAUACUAAAAUUGAGAGUGCUGAAGAAGAUGAUAAGGCAGUUAUUGUAAUGUUGGAUUCUGGUACUACUGAGAGAAUUGAAGUGCAUAAAAGCGAUCCGGUUUACGAAAGAGGGUUUAAAAUGUUAGCAGCUAAGAUUCUUCAAGCUCGGGAGCUUGUUUAGACUUUUAACACGGUGAUCUUAAACGAUAUAUUCUUGUAUUUGUUAUGAUAUUGAUAACGACACAUUGAUGAUGACACCUUGUAUUAUCCCCAAAUUAAAUGCACCUAAAUUUCAA